AUGAAUGAAACCAACAGUCAGUCACUCCUAUACUGUACUAACGCUUCAAAGCGUUUCUCUUUCACUCUAAACACCAUUACUUCCAAUACUAUUAACAGCACAGCAUUCAUACCAUUCGCCCCUUUAGGGACACCUCUCACGCACUGCACAGCCAGACGUCACACAAAUCACUACACCCUCACCACCUCUUCACCUACUCAUGAGCUAUCAUUUACUCACCAUCUCUUCCAUCCAACACUUCCAACCAGACAUUCACACCACUUGUCCAUCACUUUGCGCGGCGUUACCAUCGAUUGCUGGACCCGACACUUGCCGUCCAAUGGCUUUCAUUUGACUAACUCUUUGAGACUAUUUGGUUUUAUUGAGUCCAUUGACCACAUGUUUGGCCUCAAUAUUGAAUGGGAAGCGACCUCUUCAGAGGCGCUUAAGAGG